GAAAAUGUUUGCUCGCCCACCCUUUCGAGGCAGACGAGAAGAAAGCCGACCCCUGCCACCACCCCAAGACCAAGCAGCGACAGCGGAGAAAACCCCGAGUUUUAUUCUCCCAAGCUCAGGUGUUCGAACUGGAGCGGCGAUUUAAGCAACAGAAAUACCUCUCUGCUCCGGAAAGGGAGCAUCUAGCCAGCGUGCUCAAACUCACCUCCACGCAGGUGAAAAUCUGGUUCCAAAACCGGAGGUACAAAUGCAAGAGGCAAAGGCAGGAUAAAUCCCUGGAGCUGGCUGCCCACCCGCUGCCCCCGCGGAGGGUGGCAGUGCCCGUGCUGGUCAGGGACGGCAAACCCUGUCUUGGGGGCUCCCAGCCCUACCCAGCUCCCUACAGCAUCACCGCCAGCCCUUACUCCUAUAGCUCCUACUACAGUGCCUAUAGCAGCAGCCCGUAUGGAGCUAGCUACGGGGGGAACUACGCCAGGGUGCCCCCCACCGCCGCCCCCGGCAGCCCUGCCAUGAAC